AUGCCGCCGCCAGUCAGCAGUAAGGGCAAGGCGAAGAGCCAGUCGCGCGACGUCCGGACCUCGCGGAGUCGCAACACCACCCCAAUCCCUCCCGGCAAUGUCCAGAACACCGUUGAGCCCACCCCGUCCUCGUCCUACCUCCGAAACCCCAUGGCCACUCUUUCUGCGCCCCUAGAGGUGACGCUCGAGGACAUCCUAGGCGGAGGCAGCCCCUCAAACCUCCCCUCUGUGGCCGCCCUCAAGCAAAUGCAAGAGACCAUACAAACCAAAGUCCUCCAGCAUAUAUCGAAGCGAGGCGCAAUAUCAGACCGUCUUUUGCGUGAAGUCUCAAAGAGGCGGAGUCUACGCGACCAGCAAGACCGCGAGAGAGAACGGGAGAAAGCGGAGAGGGAGGUUGAGGAAAAGAAGCACAAGCUCAAGAAGGUGUCGAAGAAGAGGGAUCCCGAAGACCGCCCGUUAGCUGUUGGCGCGCAUCAUGUCGCAAGGCAGGAUGGAGUGGAUUUACACAAAGAUACUUCAUCAACUAUAUCCUCCCCCAUUUCGCAAGCACCGCCUUCUGCUUCUGGCACCGGCCCAGUAGAUGCUCCUUCUCCAAGCCUUUCAGACACCUCUCAUCAACCGGCACCUGCUCCGGCCAUUCCGCAAUACCAAACAUUUGGCCCUGACCCGUCCACCUUUGACGACCCAACAAUCUACCACAUUCGAGACACGACGGAUGAUAUGACCGAAGCUGAGAAAAGGGAGAUUUAUUGUGUGGCUGAUUAUCCUGCCAGUGAUCUUCAUGAUCAGACUCCUGGAACACCGCCAGAUAAGGAUUUUAGUAAUGCAAAACCUUCCUCGCAGGUUACCGCGACCCAGUUUGCAAAUUAUGUCGAGCCGUUCAUUCGGCCACUAAUAGAAGAAGACGUCGCAUUUUUAAGAGAGCGUGGCGAUCGUGUACAACCAUUUAUAAUGCCUCGGCGAGGCCUAAGACCCUACAAAGAAGUUUGGGCCGAAGAGGAUGGUGCGAUGGUAUUAGAGAAUAAUCUCGACCGUCUUCCCCCGAACGAGCCUCGCGGCAGCAUAGAAAACAUGACCGACGAGCUCGCAGAAACAGACGAGUUAUCCGCGGGGCCUCUUCUUGCCCGCCUCAUGGCCACACUCCGCCCCGAAGGUCGCAUCAGCACCGCGACCAACGGCGACGCAAACGGCGACAGCAUGGACAUUGACGAAUCCGCCACCGCCGACCCCACCCGCCUCGCCUCCGCAACCCAAAUGGCCGAAUCGCUCCAGGCAGGCUGGAAGGCGCCGCCCGCCGUGGGCAAACUUGACUUCGUCUCCCUCGAAGACCGCGCCCUCACCGAGCUGCGCCACAUCGGCUUCCUCGGCGACCAAGACCAGGCCGACUACAACGGCCACUUCGACGACGAGGUCGCGGCCCGCCUGCGCUACCUGCAGGACCAGCUGCGCCGGCAGUCGAUCAUCAACGGCGCCCGCAAGGCGCGCAUCCUGGAGCUCACCGAGGAGCGCAUGGCGCAGCAGGAGUACAACACCAUCGCCGACGACCUGGACAACCAGCUCAAUGCGGCGUACCUCAAGCGCAACAGGAACAUCGGCAAGGGGAAGAAGAACGCGAAGAGGCCCGGCGGGCCGGGCGGUGGGUCGCACCCUGUUAAUGCGGCGGCGGGCGUCACGCGGCCGAGUGUGGGCGAACCGAUUCGCACGCUGAUGGAGCGGAAGAGCCAGUGGAAUCAUACGAUUGGGCCGGUUGUGGAUUAUGGGAAGACGGGGCUGCCGAAGGGGAGUGUGUUUGAGCCGGACGUGAUGCGGCGGUUGGAGGAUCGGGAGCAGGAGAUGUGGAAUGAGGUUGAGGAUUGA